UACGUGCAGCCCUGUUCUGCAGGGCAGAAUCCUAGUAGGUACAGAAGCCUCUCGCUCCCGCAUCCACCUAAGGACCGCAGGUUUACCAGAUUAGUACUUCGCGAGAAGAUGCGAGAAUAGCAUCACGCAGCCUAGAAUAUCCAAGCGCACUUUCGCAACUCUGGUUCGAGAUGCAUCGUGCCGACCCGUUUCCGAAGAACCACCGUGCGUACGGCAAACCUUAAAAUUUUCUGGUGGGAAUAUUCAGUUUUUUGAGAAGUUAUAUUUCCCGCAAGGCGAUUUGCGCAAUUCGGACAAUUCAUGCACUGCAGGAGGAGCCAUCACGUGAUUGGCUAUUCAUUUGCUAUUGUGAAGCUCACACAAUAGCAUUGUCAUCGCUCGCUUGUGGUCACCCAACCUUCAGCAUAAUGGACGAUUACCUUCUCGCUCAACUGCAACGAAACUCUUCCUCCUCACAUCUCAAUAUUCGAAGCUCGUUCAACCUCAGCAACGCAGAGCAGCUCAAUAUACCACAUCUAAUACCCCUUGCAAUCCUCAUAGCCUCCUCCACAAUGGAGCCCCAUCAACUCCUUCCCGCCCUCCCACCUGAACUUCGCAACCUCGUUUUCGCUCACACGAUCUCCGAAGCCAAUCCCGCAACAAAUACCGGCCUCCCCUUCAAGCAGAAAGUCUACGACUCCAAGCAAACCAAAGUCGUCAUCGUCCCCGUCCACCACGGCAACACCGCGCUCCUCGCCCUCAAUGAAGCCAACUUCUCAGAAGCCGAAGAAUAUCUCUCUUGGCUAUUAACAAACGCCAUCGAACUGCGUAUCGCGGUGCUCUUCAAAGGCGACGCAAACGCCUUCGUUCAGGAGCACUGGGACCAGAAAAUACAGGCGCAUUUGAAGAACCUGGUCAAAAAAUGGCCAUGGUUGGGGAAGGUGGUGCGGUACGAUGUGCGGAUUGUGUGGGAGCCGACUGCGUGGAAGAGGAGCAAGAGGAAGAAGACAGUAGGGGCGAUUGCGGCGAGCAUGGUGGAGGUGCUGAUUGGCGCGAUGGAUGGAGAUUUGAAGAGAAAAAGGGGGGUUGUGAAGGCGGGAUUGCAUGUUCGGGAUUUCGUCGCACAUGACUACGUCUACCAUGCCCAAGAGUUGGGGUUGAAGGAUUUCCUUGCGCCGAAGGGCGAUGCAGUUAACACGCAAGUUCGAGAGGUUUGCAUUGCGCCGGAUGGGUUGGGUGCUCUGGGACCGAAGCUUCCUCCACAUCUAAGAUCUCUUCCGGAUUUGAACGAAGAGAAGGACUUGCUUGUUGAGGAGAAGGGAAUUGUGGAAUGGGGGCUCUGCAUGAAGGGUCGCUUGCUUCUGCGGAGGGAGGUUGAGCUAGGAAAGGCAGCCGCGAAGAGUGAGACCGGGGAAUGUUCGGGGCAAGGGGAUCCUGCGGAGAGGACGUAUCUGGUUCUGAUGAAAGAAUGUUUAGGUGCUGGGGAGGAGUAAGGACUCUAUUCGCUGAUGGAACAAGAAUGGAUAGAUAGCCAUCUUCGAGGGUGAAGGACAAAGCAGUUGCCGGUGCGAACCUCGGUACAGUCGUCAGUACGCUACAAUAUCCACUACCGUCAAAAACCCGCCCAAGAAUUUGUAGCUCCUGCCACAUUUUGCUCAAGCUCGGUAAAUGUAUUCAUAUGGUUCCAGCAUAAAAUCUAGGGACGGGCUGUUACCCUGAUAUUAGCUGAUCGCCAAGCACGGUAUUUAGAAAGACAGAGAAGAGUAUAAUCCAC